GGCCACUCACUCCCCCGAGACUCCCCCCACCCACACGGCCACAGCUACCACUCCGCCGUCGUUCGCCUUUGACCGGUUGACCCCAUCCGCGCGCGGUCUCUGCCUCGACCCGACGCUCGGGCCGGCGGCGCGAGCCACCCGGCCUCCUCCUCUCCGUCCCGUCGAGCUCCUCUCUCUGACCACGCGCAGCUAGAAGGCCGGCCCACCGCCGAGCGCACGGGGCAAUUUCUUGGCGGCCGCGGGACGGAGAUGAGCGAGCGGAAGUUGCUUUGCCGAUUCUCUCCACACCCUAGAUGAAUGCCGAACUCUGGACACGAUUUGGUGAGUCCAGAUCUUUGGGCACCGGCUGGAUCUGUGUUUUGGGGCACAUGUCCUCCUGAGCUCUCCCUCUGCUCCCUUGGUCCAACUCUUCUUCCACCUUCAGCGCAGCCCACCCCAGUCUUUGUGGUACUAGGAGAUAGAGAAUACAAUGUUGAACAGCACAAGUGGGGCGACAUCGCCAUUCUCGUUCGAGUUGUUAAGACAGAUUACUGAUAAUUUUUCUGACGACCGCGUAAUUGGUCAUGGUGCGUAUGGAGUGGUUUACAAGGGAGUAUUGGACAACGGGGAAAAGAUUGCUGUGAAGAAGCUUAAAUACAUGCCUCCAGAAUACGACAGUGAUAAGCAGUUUGAGAAUGAGUGCACUAAUCUCAUGAGAGUCCAACAUCACAAUAUUGUGCGGUUAGUUGGCUACUGUCAUGAAACACGGCGUGAAUAUGUUGAACACGGUGGAAAAUACGUUUUUGCUAGCGAGGACAAACGAGUUCUCUGCUUUGAAUACUUGCAGGGUGGAAGCCUUGACAAACACGUCUCUGACGAGUCAUGCAAACUUGAUUGGGACACGUGUUACAAAAUAAUUAAGGGAGUCUGUGAGGGUUUAAAUCAUCUUCAUAAUGAUUCCAUUUUCCAUUUGGACUUGAAACCAGCGAAUAUAUUGCUGGACAACAACAUGAUGCCCAAAAUUGGCGAUUUUGGUUUAUCAAGAUUCUUUCCGUCAACAGAAACCUACACCACAACAACAUGUUAUGGAACACUCGGAUACAUACCACCAGAACACAUCAACAACCAUCAAAUCUCGCCAAAAUAUGAUGUAUUCAGUUUGGGUGUUAUAAUUAUACAAAUAAUGGCAGGACGCAAAGGCUACAAUGAUCAUGGAGAUACUACUUCACUCAAAUUCAUUGAGUCUGUAUGUGAGAAGUGGCAAAAAAGGGUACAUGCAACGAUGUGGUCACACAUAUCACAAGAAGUUAAGACAUGCAUCGAAAUAGCUUUAAGCUGUGUGGAAUCUGAUCGGCAGAAAAGGCCUACUAUAAGCCAGAUUGUCAAUGCACUUAAGAUGAUUGAUAUUGAAAAAUUGUCACUUACGUGUGAGGCCCAAAGCAUGCAGGCCUUGGUCCACAACCAAUAUACGACCUCCUCAGCUUCUAUGGGGGUCCAUGAUGGUGGCACUAGAUUUGAGUCAACACCUGACGAGGUGGGAGGGGAUGAUAGAUCGACGCAUGCAAGUAUGUACCAGGAAACUGCUGAACCCAUCGACUAUGAAUACAAGCCUAUCAUUAGGAACCCAGCGCCUAGUGCUAUUGGAGGGCAUGCAGAUAGAGAUAUUUGGGAGCUUCAAAAUGUGACCCAGACAAGCAAGGAGAACAUCCUUGACUAUGGCCCGAGGAACUCAAAUAUAAGGGUGGAAGGCAGCCUUCAUACUCCAGUCACCAUCGGUAUAAUGGAUGCUAUUGGGGUUAUUAGUGGCUUCAAAGAGUGUGACUAUCUUUUUCAGUGGGCUAGAUCUACUAUUUUAUCACAAUUUAGCGGUACAAACGAGCAAGGGCUCGAUGAGGAAUUAUUUCGAUUGAAGAAUGGCCUACAAUGCCUUAGGGAUACUCUUCCCGCAAUGUAUGAACUCAUUGAUCGAGCAGAGUGGAGGAGCCACAAGCAUUAUGUGGCAGAGCUCCUUCCAAAACUCAGGGAUGGAGUGUAUGAUGCAGAAGACCUUCUUGAUGAGUUCAGAUGGUACAUGCUGAAGGUGAAAGUGGAUGGGAAUGGAAGCCAAUCUUCAUUCAUGGACUUCUUCAAUAGUGUCAUUCGUGGAAGCUUUAACAAAGUGGAUAGUAUUCAGAAAAGGCUAGAUAAUAUUUCCAUGCACCUCCGUGGUAUGGGGUUACAUGAUAUCACAAUACGGUUUGACAAAUCAGUCAGGCCAGAGACUAGCUCUUUCCCAGAUGAAACAAAAAUAUUUGGUCGUGACAUGGAGCUAAAGCAGAUCAUUGAGUUGUUUUGUGCACCGAGAAAUAGUAGCGAUGCUCAUCCCAAACGCCAGAAAGGAAAUAGUGCACUUGAUGUAUCAACUAGCACAUCAGCAAGAAAUCAAGUUGGUAAUGAAUCAAGAAUAUCAGAUCUUCUUGUUCUACCAAUAGUUGGAAUUGGGGGUGUUGGAAAGACCACUCUGGCUCAACAUAUAUGCAGUCAUGAAGAAGUGGAGUCCCAUUUUGACAAAAUAAUUUGGGUUUGCGUGUCAGAUGACUUUGAUGUGAAGAGGUUAACUAAAGAGGUUAUACAGUCUUGUUCUGAAAAAUAUGCAACUACAGAAAAUUUGAAUUUGCUUCAGAAGAUUUUUUCUGAUAUUGCGAGAACUGAAAAGCUAUUGAUUGUUCUGGAUGAUAUGUGGGACGAUGUUUUGAAGGAAAAUAGGAAGCACUGGAACAGGUUUUGUGCACCUUUAAGGAAUGUACUGCCGGGAAGUAUGAUGUUGAUUACUACUAGAAGCCCACAGGUUGCUGACAAAGUGGGCACGAUGGACCCCAUUACAUUGGAAGGUUUAGAGGAUGAUGCGUUCUGGAAAUUUUUCGAAGUAUGUGUUUUUGAGUCUGGGAGUUCCAGUAAUAAUGAUCCUGAGUUAGAGCACAUUGGUAGAAGGAUAGUUCCUAAGUUACAGGGUUCUCCUUUAGCUGCCAAAACUCUUGGGCGAAUAUUAAGAAUGAACCUUCAAGUAGCACAUUGGAAUGAUGUACUAGAGAGUGAACUGUGGAAGUUGAGCCAGGAGGAGACUGAAAUUUUGCCAGCUCUUCGGUUGAGCUACAUGUACUUACCAUUCCGUCUGAAGAGAUGCUUCUCAUUUUGUGCAGUGUACCCCAAAGAUUACCAAUUUCAAAAGGAUCGUUUAGCUGAAAUUUGGGUGGCAGAAGGCUUUGUUGAACCUCAAGGUGAUACUCCACUUCAAGAUAUUGGCUGUGAAUACUUCAAUGACCUUUUAAAUAGGUCCUUUUUUCAAGAAGUACAUGGCAAAUACUUAAUCCAUGACUUGCUGCAUGACAUGGCACAGAAAGUUUCAGAGCAUGAGUGCUUCAUCGUGGAAAGAGAGAGUGACUUCAAUGAUAUUCCUCCUAAUGUUCGCCAUUUGUCAAUCCUCUUUGGCGGAGACAUCGACAACGCCAGUUUGUUGAGUCUAUACCACUUAACAAAGCUACGUACCCUUCUUUGCGAAAAGCCUUUAGCGAACAAAAAAACUCCAGCUAGUUUAAUGGAAAAAUGGUUGAGUAAACUUCUGUAUCUGCGUGUGAUUGUUUGUGACUCAACUAAUGAGUUACCAGCUAUUGGCAACUUGAAGCAUCUUCGGUACCUUCAAAUCUUGAGCGCUUCACCUUUCAAGAGUCUCCCCGCCGAGUUCUGUCGGCUCUAUAACCUGCAGAUUCUGCGUCUAGAGAAAUGCAUUCUAGAAAGCUUGCCAGAUGACUUCAGUAGUCUGAUAUGCUUACAGAGAUUGGAAUCACAUGGAUUUCAAUGUAAUUCAAGGUUUAGAAGUUUCCAGAGAGAACUUUAUUAUGAAGUUAGUGUUGAUGUAGCCAAUGGUGAGCAGGGAUCAGCAUUUAGGUGUAUAAAGAAUAUUAACCAACUCGGUGAAUUGGUGAUGUAUAAUAUUGACAAGCAAAGCAAGGAGCAUGCAGCAGAAGCCCAACUACAGAAUAAGAAGUAUCUUGAGAUGUUGAACCUGUCAUGGUAUGGGUUGAGGUCUCCAGAGGACAAUGACAUAGAAGUGCUUCGAGUUUUACAACCUCCUACCUGCCUCAAGAUUCUGCUCCUCAAUGGUUAUCCAGGUGUGUCACUUCCAAGGUGGUCAGCAUCGAGUCUCUCAGAUCAUAUAAACCCAAGUGAGAUACUUGAGGUGUUAGUUGAUAACGCUAAUGAUAUCACUGGUAUUUUUCCAGUCCUGACAGAGCUGGUCAUUGAUAAGUGCCAAAAUUUAUCAUGCCUCGAACAUAUUCUACAUCCAGAUUGUGUACCCGCCAUUAGGGAAAUCACAAUUAAAGAUUGUAAGAACUUAGUUUCAGUACCAGCUGAAAGAUUUGGGGAUCUCCGUUGCCUGGAAGAAUUCACGGUGCAAGGGUGCCCAAAUAUAUCUUUCCGAAGUUUGGUUGCACCUUCUCUCAAGAGGCUUGUGCUGGGUAGGGGGGAUGAUUAUAGUUAUGAGCAUAGUUGUGGCAAUUUCGCAGACAAUAUCGACUGCUGCUCCCUCACUUACUUUUUCUUGUCAAGCUACCAUCUCACAUCCAUCCAACUACAAAUGUGGAAUCUUCCAGCACUAGAGGAGUUGGAGAUUUCAAAUUGUGAAUCUCUUACAUCUAUCAUUGGACAAUCAGGACAGGUCUUGAAAAACACUGGCGGCUCUAGAGCAUUCCCAUCUCUUGCUUCCCUAUCAAUUGUUUGGUGUCAUGAGCUGUCAACUAUGGACGAUCUCCUAGCAGAAGAUUAUAUACCUGCCAUUGAGAAAAUUUGUAUUAAAUUUUGUAUCAGUUUAAAGUCCCUGCCCGGUGAAAGGUUUUGGAAAUUUUCUUCUCUGAGGGAUUUGGAAAUCUCUGGUUGUGGUAGACUCAGCUGGAAGAACGGAUUCUUUUUACCAUCUUCCCUCCAAAGGCUCGCCUUAGCUCAAUGUGGGGAUAUCUCUGCAUGGGUUCCCGACUGCCUAGAAAACCUUACGUCCCUUGUUACAUUGGAGAUUUCUCUAUGUCGGCAUAUAACAUCCAUUCCGGGCAGCCUUUGGAGCACUAACCUCACAUCACUUGAGAAUUUAUCGAUUGAGAACUGUGCAGAUAUCGUUUCAAUUGGUGGAGAAAAUGCAAUUUCAGAAAUACAAAAUGUAUGGAUUACAGGCUGUCCUGGGAUGGAGGAACUAAAGCGGCCCAUGGUAAGAGGCAAACGGAUACCAUGAGAGUGGAGCCAGUCUUCCCCAAUGUGGUUUGUUCAGUCAACAAUCUACUGGGAUCAAAGAUCUGAGCUUUUAGCUGAAUCCACGUUACGCCAUAGCAGCUUAUCCUUGUUACUCAAGGUUUACUCCAUCCAUCAUUCUGUCGGCAAAUCCCAUAUAAAUAAUGCAGUUAUGGAGUUUACCAGUCUCCCCAUUUCAUCAUGCGCCAUUUUGCACUUUCUAGUACUUGUGGAAUAAAUGAGGGCAAAACAUACAUGUUAUUGUACCUUGUAUGGUGUAUAUGUGCCAUUACUUUGAUUUUUCUCAGUCAACUAUUAAGAACAAUUUUAAUCAGGAUAUUCUCCUCGUGUGAGAGGUCUAUACUAGUAGAUGUUAUCCUGUUAAUGUUGUAGCAGUUCAAUAUCUGAGGAACUUCUUGAUGCUUGA